GCGGCCACCCGGCGGGGCCAUGGCCAGCACGGCCGUGCAGCUGCUGGGCUUCCUGCUCAGCUUCCUGGGCCUGGUGGGCAUCCUGAUCACCACCAUCCUGCCGCACUGGCGCAGGACGGCGCACGUGGGCACCAACAUCCUGACGGCCGUGUCCUACCUGAAGGGGCUGUGGAUGGAGUGCGUGUGGCACAGCACGGGCAUCUACCAGUGCCAGAUCUACCGCUCGCUGCUGGCGCUGCCCCGCGACCUGCAGGCGGCCCGCGCGCUCAUGGUCAUCUCCUGCCUGCUGUCCGGCGCGGCCUGCGCCUGCGCCGUGGUGGGCAUGAAGUGCACGCGCUGCGCCAAGGGCACGCCGGCCAAGACCACCUUCGCCGUGCUGGGCGGCGUGCUCUUCAUCCUGGCCGGCCUGCUCUGCCUGGUGGCGGUGUCCUGGACCACCAACGACGUGGUGCAGAACUUCUACAACCCGCUGCUGCCCAGCAGCAUGAAGUUCGAGAUCGGGCAGGCCCUGUACCUCGGCUUCAUCUCCUCGUCCCUGGCGCUCAUCGGCGGCACCCUGCUUUGCCUGUCCUGCCAGGAGGAGGCGCCCUCCAGGCCGUACCAGCCUCAGCCCAGGGCCACCACCAACACCGCAGCCACUGCGCCCUCCUACCGACCACCCGCCGCCUACAAGGACAACCGGGCCCCCUCAGUCACCUCGGCCUCGCACAGCGGAUACAGGCUCAACGACUAUGUGUGAGUCCUCAGGGCCUGUCCCUCCCUGAGCCCCAAAAGACACUGGGACCCAGGACCCCCGCACAGAAUUGACUUCUGGGCUGCUCGUGUGCCCAAUGGGAUAAAGUGAACGUGGAGAGUGGGCUUAGAACACAGGGG